UGGCUCCAGGCCGCCAUCUUGGCAAGAGGCGAAGCGGCGGCGGCUCCUGUCAGGGGGCAGUAGGUCCGGAGCGCCCAGUGCUCCCCUUCCCCUGACCCUAGCCCUGUCCCCAGUGGAGCCGGAGCGCGGGUGCGCACCCCCACCGCCCCCACCAUGGUGCUGUUGGCAGCAGCAGUCUGCACGAAAGCAGGAAAGGCUAUUGUUUCUCGACAGUUUGUGGAGAUGACCCGAACUCGAAUUGAGGGCUUGUUAGCAGCUUUUCCAAAGCUUAUGAACACUGGAAAACAACAUACCUUUGUUGAAACAGAGAGCGUAAGAUAUGUCUACCAGCCUAUGGAGAAACUGUACAUGGUACUGAUCACUACCAAAAACAGCAACAUCUUAGAAGAUCUAGAGACCCUGAGGCUCUUCUCAAGAGUGAUCCCUGAAUAUUGCCGAGCCUUAGAAGAGAAUGAAAUAUCUGAGCACUGUUUUGAUUUGAUUUUUGCUUUUGAUGAAAUUGUCGCUCUGGGAUACCGGGAGAAUGUUAACCUGGCACAGAUCAGAACUUUCACAGAAAUGGAUUCUCACGAGGAGAAGGUGUUCAGAGCAGUCAGAGAGACUCAAGAACGUGAAGCCAAGGCUGAGAUGCGGCGUAAAGCAAAGGAAUUACAGCAGGCCCGAAGAGAUGCAGAGAGACAAGGCAAAAAAGCACCAGGAUUUGGGGGAUUUGGGAGCUCCGCAGUAUCUGGAGGCAGCACAGCUGCCAUGAUCACAGAGACCAUCAUUGAAACUGAUAAACCAAAAGUGGCACCUGCACCAGCCAGACCUUCAGGCCCCAGCAAGGCUUUGAAACUUGGAGCCAAAGGAAAGGAAGUAGAUAACUUUGUGGACAAAUUGAAAUCUGAAGGUGAAACUAUCGUGUCCUCCAAUAUGGGCAAGCGUACCUCUGAAGCAACCAAGGUGCAUGCUCCACCCAUUAAUAUGGAAAGUGUGCACAUGAAGAUUGAAGAAAAGAUCACGUUAACCUGUGGACGAGAUGGAGGGUUACAGAAUAUGGAGUUGCAUGGCAUGAUCAUGCUUAGGAUCUCAGAUGAUAAAUUUGGCCGAAUUCGUCUCCAUGUGGAAAAUGACGAUAAGAAAGGGGUGCAAUUACAGACUCAUCCAAAUGUGGAUAAAAAACUUUUCACUGCAGAAUCUCUGAUUGGCUUGAAGAAUCCAGAGAAGUCAUUUCCAGUCAACAGUGACGUAGGGGUGCUGAAGUGGAGACUACAGACCACAGAGGAAUCUUUCAUUCCACUGACGAUUAAUUGCUGGCCCUCAGAGAGUGGAAAUGGCUGUGAUGUCAACAUAGAAUAUGAGCUACAAGAAGAAAAUUUAGAACUGAAUGAUGUGGUUAUCACCAUCCCACUCCCAUCUGGUGUCGGCGCACCGGUGAUUGGUGAAAUCGACGGCGAGUAUCGCCAUGACAGUCGACGAAAUACCUUGGAGUGGUGCCUGCCAGUGAUUGAUGCCAAAAAUAAGAGUGGCAGCCUUGAGUUCAGCAUUGCUGGGCAGCCCAACGAUUUCUUCCCUGUUCAAGUCUCCUUCAUCUCCAAAAAAAAUUACUGUAACAUACAGGUUACCAAAGUGACCCAGGUAGAUGGAAACAGCCCCGUAAGGUUUUCCACAGAGACCACUUUCCUAGUGGAUAAGUAUGAAAUCCUGUAGUACCAAGAAGAGGGAAAUGAAAAGGAACAGUUGCAGAUUAAUAAAGAAGAAGCCAACAGUGGCUGAAGAGUUUUUUCCAAAUCAACAAGCCAUUGGAGACCCUUUUUUUCUGAUACAGUGCACGAUUCUCUGCGCGCAAGGACCCUCAACUCAUCCUCAGUGUUUCCGUGUCACAGAGACAUUCUUUGGCAAAGAAAUGACACAAACAUAAAGGGAAAGGCUGCUAUUUCUUUGGCAGAUUUUACUGGCCAGCAGGAAAGCAAGCUUUCCAGAGAAUGCCCCCAGUAAACACCUUCUUCUCUGCCUUUGACUAAGUUGCUCCUUUAUUUUAAUCCCUAAAUAUAGUUAUAUUUCAUACUUAAUUUGUUUUUAAAACGUUUUCUGUGAAGAUUUUAAUCUUUCAUACUCCAAACUUCAGUUUUUUUCUUUCUAUACAUUCAGUCAAGCACUGGGAUCAUCUGUAUAUAGGCAUUAUAUUUGUUUGGCACUCCUGGAACAAAUUGAUCUAAUCCAUUCUUGAUUUUUGGAUCAUACAGGUGACUGCUUAAGGGGUGUGGGGUCUAGAAGUUAAAAGAUAAGAAUGUCUUAUGUCUUUUUCCUAUAUCCAUUCAUCCCUCCACUCCUUUGCCAAGUCGUUUUCCUUUCAGGCCUGUCCCUCCAGUUUACAACAGUACUGUGAAUCCCACUUGUGUCAUUAUUAAAGACAGCUGAGAAGCAGCUUUUAAAUGGCACGGUCCCCACAUCAGAGGAGAAUGGUUAUGUCCAGUUAGGGGUUUCACAUCACAGGUAAUCAUGUCUGCUGCUAGUGCUACCCAAGCUUCCAUUUCUCCACAUUUUGGGUACUUCAGCUAAAACAUAAUGACUCACAGGCUUUGUAAUCCAUUCACAUUCCUCAAAUUCAUCAUCUCUCCCUUCCUGGCUGUUCUCUCUGUCAUCAGUCCUUUCCUUUCCAGCAGAGACAAGGUUAUGAUUUUUGAGGCUGUGGGUUCAGUGAGUCUUUGUGCCAGUCUCAUUGAUCCUAAACUAUCAAGGAGACUCCAUUUCCACCACUAGAUUUUUAGCAUCUCAAGAGGCAGCUGGUUAUAUUGGUGCAUAGGGAUUGCUGAUACAUACUUCAUUUCCUUCUAGCCUGCCAACAUUUUUUCACCAGCCUAUCUGUGCCUGUCUCUGAAAUCCUUCCUUUUCUUCCUCUAAGGCUUUUCUAUUGAGUGUCAUCAUGUAGUGGUUGUUUCUCAGCCUCAUCUCAUCCAUUACUUUUUCAAUGGGGAAGACUACAUCAGCCAGCCCAGCAUUGGCUUUUAACCCUGUAGGGUUGGUGGAGUUGCUGCCAGGCUGCAGCCACUAGCAGAGGGAAGACGCAGAUGACUGGAGGUGACCUGUGCUUUCAGCUGGUUGGAGAGUGCUGCUGCCACUCUAAACAGCAUCUGGCCUUGCCUGCAAAGAGUGUACUGUAUUUGAAGCAAAGCAGUCACACACAGACGGCCAUGGUGGAACUGUUUGCCAAAGGAAUUGCCAGCCUUUCCCUUUCCCUUAACUGCAUCAGGGAAGGAUUCUUAUCUCAAGCUUGGUUUCCACACGAGGUUUUUUUUGAGGAAGGGGACUGGGACAAGAAAUCUGUCAUGUAGUCAAGUAGGCAAGAAAUCGUAUUAAUCCAGUUUUGUUUGAGAGUUGCUUGUCCAUAUGAUUUUUUAAAAGUCAAGUUUAGUUUCACAAAAACUUUUUUUUCUGAAGUUACUUUUGGGGUAAUAUUUAAAAUGAGAGACGUUUUGUAACCCUGUAAAAUACAUAGGGAAUAUAACAUUCCAGUGUACACGAAGAAGGCAAAUUCUUUAAUCAAAUAAAGAGUAUUAUAAAAUGAA